CUAUUUCUGUGGUUUGAUAUUGCACAAACUUAACCCCCGUUUUAUCUCGUGCAUCAUCAGUAUUCAUAUUUUGCAACAGUAUUUAUUCUUAAUUCUUAUGAUCUGUUUAAUUUUUCAUGGUUGACAGUGUGUCUAUUCAUGCCGGGACAUUUGCGUGUACCCCGGGACAAAUAGAUACUUCACACUGUAGUGAACUUUCCAUACUUCCAUUUAAACUGGUUGAAAUAAAAGAAUACAGUUAUAGCUUAUAAAAACAUUUCCUCUUUUAUCAGUUUUAGUUUUGAGAGAAGAGGUACUGCAUAUUCAAGACUGGUGGAAAUAGUGCUGAAAUGAGUAAACCGACUGCAACACAAAAAGGAAAGAGUAUAAACAACAGUAACAACAACAUAAACAACAACAACAACAACAAAAUGAGUGACACAUAUACAUGUGGUCCUAAUACUGCUUUGUUUUCUAAAUGGGUUGGUAAUAAUUAUGGUGGGAACACCCGUACAAAAACUAUUUCCAAAGAAAAAUACACGAAGAUUUGUAAUUUGAUUCGUGGCGAUGACACAAAUUGUAACGCGAAAUUUCGCACUUGGGUUCGCAACAAGGGAUUUCAAUUGUUACGACAUGAUACAACGACGAAUGAAAUCAUGGAAGAUCUCAACGGCGAUUUGUACGUGUCUUUACACGCAAAACAGGAAAGCACUUCAAUGGGUGAAUGUAGCAUUGAAACAUUCCUGCGUACCAAUUUACCAGCCAUCUCGUUCUAUCGUAAAGUGGCUGUAGUGGAAGAGUUUUAUGGCAUCAUCAAAAGCGCGCAUGUCGAUGAGAAGGGACAACAUUCCGGCCAAAAGAAAACAUAUCGACUCGUAUCUGAUACAUACGCAUUUCUGCCAAGAGAAGUGAUAACAUAUUACUUACUAAACUGUGAAGCAUGCAAGCCACGGAUUCAAAAGUAUGGACCAGUACCCUCAAAAACAAGAAGAAAGAACGAACCAAUCGAUGGAAAUAUACAUAGAAUACACUCUUCUCCUGAGAAUCAACCUUCAUCGUUUUUUCCUUAUCACAAAACACGUUCAGACAUAGAAAAAACUGGAGAAGUUUACUAUCCUUUGAGUCACACCACAUGCGCGAAAAAAGGGGUUAAUGCUACAAGUAGUUAUUCUGUAUAUUAUCAACCAAAUAUCUAUCAACAUUCUAAUUAUAUCCCAUCUGAUUACUCUAUUCCUAUAGACAAUAACUAUACCCCAAAACUGUACAAUCGCUACAAAUCAAAACACCAAGCAGAAGGAUAUUUUUAUCCUCACGAGAAACGCCUUGGUCUAACUCCAGACACAAUAUAUUCCAGCUCCCAUACUUUCAGCGGACACUAUUCUUAUCCAUAUAACAACUCCUCUAGAAAAAUAAUGCAACAACUAUAUAUCAACAUUCCGUUGGAGCAAUCACAACACCAUUAUGAAAGCCACCGUCAACACAAAGCUAAGGAUAUAACACAACAUAGAGCUGAUUCACACACACGAGAGGAAAAAGAUCCAUACAGACAUGCAACUUCGCCUUCUUACGAAACGAAAUGGCAAGAAUUUACACAAAGCAAUGCAUUCUCAAGAGCAGUAAACAGAGAAAGUUUAAACUCGACUGGUUAUGAAACAAAUGAUAGCUUAAGCAGUGACAGUCAAUCCCCUUCGGUAAAAAUGAGCUGUUCUAAAUCAUGGUCCUCUACAGAGCUGAAAAAUAAUUCAAGCAGUCAAGAGAAUUAUACUAAGCAAAGGAGGGAUACCUAUACUUCAGAUCAACCAGGAAGUCAAACAAAAUUUUACAAAUAUGAAUCAAGUAGCGAGCCAGUGUUCCAGCUAUUUUCUCCAGCACGUGACGUGAAACGCAGCGGAAUAAAAAGACAAGGUAAGGAGGAGGUUAUCGCACAUACUGCAUCACCUCCGUUUGAACAAAAUAAUCCCGAGAAGUCUCUUAGCCUUUUGAAUUACCAAACACUCUCCAAUUGGCAUAGAAAUGUGUUUCACAAAGUGACGUCAUCAUUAUCAAAUUUGACGGACAUAAGUAAUGACAAUGAUAUCCUCAAAAUACCAAGCAAAAGAAGUAUCGCUAUAGCAUUACAACACUUAAAUGGUUGUGAGGAAGAUUAAGAUGUUUGGAAAGAUAGUAUGGAUGAAGAAGAUGGCCAACACUGUGCAAGUAAUCUCAAUAUAAAAGACAAUUAGAUUGAACCUACAAAUAUGAUGGAUUAUGUUUUAUUGUUUCCUGGGUUUUUUUCUGUUAAUAGCUACAUUGUUUUGUUUCCUGAUAGAUGAGAAUCAAUUAAAUUUUACCCAAUACAACGGGUUGGUGACGAAGAUGCUUUUUUGGAAACUAGAAUUAGUACCUGAUUUCCUCAAAAAAAAUUGUUCCUUAAAUAAAAUUGUAUGUUACGAAAUAAAGUUUAAAAAAAUGUUAUUAAAAA